GUGAGGCAUUAUACAUUGAGUGAAAUUGCCACACAUGACAGAAAUGAUGAUCUUUGGAUGAUUAUUCACGAUAAAGUUUAUGAUGUUACGAGCAUGAUUGAUGAGCAUCCUGGUGGAGCUGAAGUCUUAUUUGAGUGUGCUGGUAUGGAUGCAACUGAACCAUUUGAUGAUGUGGGCCAUUCACAGGACUCUGUUAAUAUGUUGAAACCUUUGUUUGUUGGACUGGUUAAACAAGAC